CCAGAAAGAGAGAGAGAGGCAGAGAUACAGAGACAGCACCAAGAUUGCAUAGAACAAAAAUGUUCCGCACUCCCCCCUUCCUGCUCAUCCUUUCCCUCAACCUUCUGCACGCCCCUUUCCUUUAUACCAUCCCUUUGGUGGAGGAGCAAAGACACCAGACCAUCCAUCAUACCUCCCACAGGGAUCCUGCUCCUUUUUCUCAACUCGAGGGACACCAGGAAGCUCCCCUGCUCUCACAAAGCCAGCAAGACAAGGAAGACAUACAGGAGAGGACAACACCUCAGAUGCUUUCCCCAUCUGCUUCAGAUGAGGGAGAUGAGUUAUUUAAGGACAUCAGCCCCAAAGCUUUGGCUGCUGUGCUUCUACAAGCACUUAAUCAAAAUGGAGAGGAGCAAGCCACUUCUACAGUGGAAGAGAGGAAGGUCCCUGAAGACCAACAAUCUGAAAAAGAGAUGCAGGAUAGUCUGACAGAAAGUGUGAUGAGCAGAACACGAAGUUCUGAGAAAGAGCAGGAGAGCAGUGAAGAUGACAAGAUGGGGAAUGAAGGAGACUUAGAGACUGUGAAGUCAUUAUUACAAGAGCUGGAAACCUUUGAACCCACACCUAACAGAGAGCAGCAACCCAGUGAGGACACACUCCCAGACAAUAAAGACCUGGAGGAAUUGAAAGAACUUUUAGGAUUGGAAGAACCAAGAGAGGAGGAGAAAAGGAGCCCUCAAAAGCCUGUUCCACACACACCAAGGAAGUCUGAAGGAGAGGAAGAGGAAUUGGCUGGGGUGGCCCAGGAUCUUCUACUCCAAUACCUCCUGAAUGGAGGAGAAAAUGAUGCUGAACAGACAGAGGAUGAUGAUGAAACCAAAGAGGAGGAGGAAGAUGAUUACCAAGAAGGCGACUUCAUGGGUGGCCAGCGGCCCCUUUUUGAGGAUGAGGAAGAGGGAAAUAAACAAGAUAAGAGAUCUAAAGAUUAUGAUGUGGAAGAGGUUGACCCUCAAACCAUUGAUAAGCUGAUUGAACUCUCCAGCCGCUUACAUCUCCCAGCUGAUGAUGUAGUUGAUAUAAUUAGUGAUGUAGAGAAAAGGAAGAGGAGGAGAAUGAAAAAGAAGAAGGCAAGAGAUGACUUCUUAGGAAGAAGGGAAAAGACUAGGACUCCACCACAAUCCUGGCCAGAUACCCCUAAACAUGUCUACUACCCCAGAAGGAGGCUGGAACAGGAACCAACAUGGAAUAAGGUUUCACAGCCUGUUUGGAAUAAGGUUCCAGCAACAAAGUGGAAAAAAAUGUCACAGCCAUCCUGGAAAAAGGUUCCAGAGCCAACAUGGAAUAAAGUGAAGUCACCAACCUGGAAAAAGGUUCCAGAGCCAACAUGGAAAAAGGUUCCAGAGUCAAAAUGGAACAAAGUGCAAGAUUCUAACUGGAAUAAUGGUCAAGAUUCUAACUGGAAUAAUGGUCAAGAUUUCAACUGGAAUAGUGUUUUUGAGCCAACCCCUCGAAGGUACCGCACACGACCAUCCUCGUACUCCAACUAUAUUCGUCCUAGAGCCUUCCAAACACCUCCUCGAUAUUACUACAAGCCUCCUGUCCCACAGAGGGAGGAUUACUAUGAUGAAGACCAGGACAAGCAGGAGGAGAUGGAGAACUAUAUUGAGAGGAUCCUGCUUACACAUCCUGAGGUCUUCCAGUGAGACAAAUUCCCCAAGCCCAAUUAAUACCACUUAACAACUUGACCCAGUUAGUAGAUCCAACUCAAUACCAUUCAACACAAAAUAUGCAUCUAGAACCUAAUUUAAUUAAGUUCAGUUGAACUUCAUUCAGCCCAGGUCAAGUGAGCUCAACUCAUCAAGCACAGUGUACAUAUAUUUAUAUAUAUGUAUACAAAUACAACGUUCCGGAUGUGAGUGUCCAAAAGCAUCAGUGUUUCAACCGAACUCUAUUAUGACAAAAAAAUUCCCUUGAAAUCUAGCAUUACAAAAAAAUGAAAAAAAAAAUAAAUAAAAA